AUGGGGACUUGUAUCAGUAAAAUAAGGCUGAAUAAACCUCUUUCUAAACCUGAAGAAAUUAUGUCAACGCCUAAUAAUCCAACAAAUACCUCCAACCACUUUCGUUUUUCUUCGGGUAGAAGAUAUCAUAACGUAGGAAAUGCUGUAUAUUUCAUGCCCAACGAUGACGAUGAAUGCGAUAGAUUGCAUUUACAGCAUAUUAUGGAAAGAUUUAUUUGGCAAAGUGCUGGUUCUUGGUCGCUCGAAAUGGCAGCCAACUAUCCUAAAUCUAAAUUUAUCGGAAUUGAUAUUUCUCCAGUUCAGUCUGAAGAAAAUAAGCCUCCUAAUGUUGAAUUUAUUAAGGCAAACGUAUUAGAGCGUUUACCUUUUGAUGAUAAUACUUUUGAUUUUAUAUUUCAGCGAUUUUUGACCGGCGGAAUUCCCACAGAUAAAUGGCCAUCAGUAAUUAAUGAGCUGGUUCGCAUAUUAAAGCCCGGUGGUUACUUGGAGCUAGCAGAAAAUGAUAUUUAUUAUACCUCUAUGGGUCCUGCUUCAGAAAAGCUUAUUGAAAGCUUAUCAAUUCUACUUCAUGAACGUGGCUUAGAUCCAACUGCAUGUUAUAAAAUACAAAAAUAUUUAGAAGAAAAUGACCAACUUCAUAAUGUUAAUUACGAAGAAAAGAAAUGUAUAGAAGGUCAAGAUGCCAUCAGAGUGUACAAAUUGCUCGGUGAAGAUUAUUCUACUGCUAUGGCAAAUAUGAAAUCUGUGCUAAUACAUACAGUUAAAGUUUCUAAUGAUGAAUAUGACCGGUUAGUUAAUGAGUUUGAAAAAGAAACAAUAGAAUUAGAAUCUUUUCCUCCGCACAUACGUGUUCAUGCUCAAAAAAAAUUUUGA